CAAGUGAUCUGUCCAGCCAAGGACAAUUAAUCCUUCCUCACCAAGGAGGAAGAAGAGGAUGACCGAGGAGAGAGACUGGAUGAAAAGAAUUCAGGAAGAAAAUGCACACCUGAAAAAUCAAAUUAGGUUACUCAAGGAAAACUAUGAACUACGUGUAAUGUUAGGUCAGCAGUGUGACAACAGCAGCCAAGCCCAGUUCGUAACAUCUCAAAUUUCUCCUGCGUAUACUGAUGCUGGUUUAUUGGUCAAAGGAGGUCAGUAUAUUGGAAGAGAAGAUUUUAAUUAUCCCCCGCACCUUAUCUCCAAGGAGGCCACAGUUCUAUCCAGUCCCAGUGCCCAGACACAGCUUAAGCAGCUUCACAUUGAUCCCACCCCUUUUCAGCCUGGAAAUGGGGAAAAGAAAUCCACACGCAUGUCAAGCCUGUCGUGUUCUACCCUUGGAGGAAAACAGCUUGAGGAACCCACAGACAAGGCUGGACUCAAGAAAGCUUGGCUCACAGAUGGCCCUUUCCCCGGAGGUGAUAAGGCUCAAACUCCAUUACCACUAAGCAUUGCUCAUUACAAGGCUGGAAGACUACUCUGUUCGAAAGACACACCAAGUCAUCCACCAUCAUGGCUAGAAGAAUUGGCUGCCUCUAACCCCACUAGUAUGUCAAACAAGGAGGAUGCCCAGUCACAGACCACAUUGUCAGAUGACCUCAAAAUACACAAAGGAGGUUCUUCCCCAGGGAUUUCUGAAAGGCAGCCCUAUCACCUUUUAGGCAGUGCCCAGGACUCAAGCACAGACAAAACACAGCUGGAAUCUCAAGAGAUGCCUAGGAAGAAGAGAGUCUGGUUUUCAGAUGCACCAGGCACAGACCAGUUAAGGAAGUCCCAUACGUUCUACUUGAAUGAUAUAGAGAUUGCUCAAAACAGCAAGAGAAAUGGACGCAUAGUGGGAGAGAUUGCCUUCCAGUUAGACAGACGCAUUCUUGCCCACGUGUUUCCUGGAAUCACACGACUCUAUGGAUUUACAGUGUCCAAUAUUCCUGAGAAAAUUAAACAGGUCUCCAUGAAAUCCCUAGUUGGCUCUGUGGAUGAGAAAAAGCAUCGAGGUAUGACUCAACGCUACCUAGACCUGAUGAUUCGCCUGGAGAAGAUGGGCUACCACAUACAAGUCCACCCAGUGUUCAGCGAAUUUCUCAUCAACACUUACGGCAUCCUGAAGCAAAGGCCAGACCUGAGUUCCAAUCCCAUGCACAACAGCCCUGCUGACCUCAGGAAGAUGGUGAUUGACAUUGUCCCAUCAAAGUUCCUUGGAGAUACCUUACUGCUAUUGAACUGUUUGUGUGAACUUUCUAAAGAAGACAACAAGGCUCUGUUUGCCUGGUAAUAGUGCAGACUGCAACUCUUGCCCUCAAAUCUCUAAAGAAAGAGCACACAAACAUAGCAUAUAUGUAAUAAAAGGAUAUCUGCUGAAAGUGGGCAUGGAGUAGUGUGGAUGCUUUUUGUAUCAGGCUGCUGCUGACUGAUUUGCUGUUUAUUGUU